AUGUCUGGCUCCGAGAAUUGGGGCUUCAAUGAAUGGGCACAGGACACCGCUCAGAAUGCCUUCCUUCUGAACAACGACUUUAACUGGGCCUCCAACGGUGAUAAUUCCCAUGGAACCGGAGUGCAAUCUCAGAACCCUCUUGUGAAUUUCCCCCAGAGUCAUGGUCUGGCUUUCGGUUCAAGCCCAACUAGCUUGGCCGCCUCUGGCACUGGUGCCGAUAUAGGAGCAGGUUCUCCUUAUCUCGCCCAUGAAAGCUCCAGCAACGACGGCAUGUUUGAACCCUCGCAUGCUGCCUUCUCCGCGUAUGCCACGGGAAGGUCCGCUCCUGAGAUGGUCUCCCUGUCUCCCAGCAGCCUCGUCGGUGACAGGACCGAUGAUACCGAAGACGAACCUGCUACUCCGUCCGAUAAUCACGCCUUUGAACUCCCGUCGGCCCUGGACCCCAACGACUCCAAUUCUUUGGCUCCGAACCUAGUGAAUCUGAUAAAGUCUGCAAAGAAUGUCCCCUUUGAUCAUUCCACACUCUUCAAGUCUCAUGAACAUGCCCGUUCCUUUUACCAGACCGCUGAGCCGCUUCCCGAUGACCAUACUAUUCCUCAGACUGCGAGUCAGAAACGGGCCAUUGUGAAAGAGAUGUGCAAAGCUAUGCUCAGCCUCGAACAUGCGACCGACAAUGAGGGGAUGCUAAAGCCGUUCAAAAAUCAGAAGUAUUCUGAAGAGAGAAUCGAAAUUUGUUGCUGGCACACGUUGGAGACUGUAAUCAUGCGUCACACGAGCGGACCCCUCCUGGCAGCGUAUGAUCUCACCACCAAGGGUGAGAAUGACAACCUCAACUUUGCUCAACGGAUGACUCGCAUCAUCGAGUGUUUCUAUAGACACAAGACCGUGUGCAAGCAUAUUUUGGACCCGCCGUAUCUGUACAACCUGGUCGACAAUCCCACGGCGGCCGAGAGGCGCGUCGAGAGCAACAAACUGCUGAAUCGUCGCAAGGGUCACAUUAUGACGGCCGGAAAAGAGGCUCUGCGUAUCGGACAACGUCGUCAGCCUGUCACUACCCCCACCCCCGCUCCCAAAAAGGCUCGCAGGACGAUCGCCCAGAAGGCUCCCAGAAUAGUCGCUCGCAAACCAAUUGCCCGCAAGGCGUCUAGGAUCAAAGGCGAAAACAAAGAAAAGAAACAUACAGUCAGCCUUGCUUAUUCUGGCACUUCUGAGAGCUCCGAUGUGCAUGAGAGAAUUUUUACUCCAUCGAGCACUCCUGAACCUACCGCAAGUGAAGCUGAUGCGAGCCCCCAGAGUCUAGUUGCUUCAAUGCCGCGCAGCUCUUCCAUGCUUGUUCCCCAGCCCCAGGCAAUGUCAUAUUACUCUCAGCCACCGGUGAUUGGGGAGCCUACCUACCAAUUCAACACCAACCUAGCCCAUCCGGUUCACAACAAGGGUUACCAGCCGACGUACAUGUCCAAUGUGCAUUCCCAUCGCAUGGCCGCGCCCGCAUCCUAUUCCUUGCCGGCUCUGGAUUUCGCGUCUAACCAUGCUGGAUCAUUUUAUCCGACCGGUUCCAUGGCCGAUUUGCAUGUCAACUCCAGCCUCAUUGCAGGAGGCACACUUUGCCCCAAUACCAUGAGAACUCCAGUCCAUUCUGCAAGAGCCAGCCGCAAGAGGCCUAGUAUCACAAUCACCGACAAUUUAGGACAGUCUUCGUCCGCCGAGAAGAGAAAGCGCUAG